CAAGAAGACAAAAUGACUGUCAUAUCUAAUUUGAUGUUGGUAAUUGUUUUACUGUGUGUUGCUUCUUUACACGUUGCCAGCCCUAAACCUAAUUUACGCACCAGAGAAGCUGUUGACGGAGAAAAUGAAGAUUGUUUUUACAUUAAACGAGGCAGAGUCUUGAAAUAUCCACUUUCGAAUUCAGCUUAUACUAAAUCCGAAGGCGAAUGUAGAUCAUUAUGCCAGAAGAGUAACAACUGUACCGCAACUUGGACACGCAGAUAUAAUUUUGGUGCAGACAUGACAUUCCUCUGUAUUCUGUUCUCAAAACCAUAUAAAUUUGUGGCAUCAAAUAUCAAUUUGGAGGGAUGUGUAAAGUUAUUUAUAUCGUUGAGGGGAAGUAAAACACUUUCGUAUUAUGGACGGAUUUGUCAUUUGUUUGACAUUGAAUACAGUAAUGUACCUGCCAAUAAUUUUGAAUAUGAUUUAGGUUGGAUAGUAGAAAAGAAAGCUUGUUCGACAUCGGAUACAGUGAGAUACCUGCCGUUAAAUUUAGCCAGGGAAAUGAUUGAACAGUAGCAGAGAUAACUUGUUAGAGCUAUAGGAAUAUUGAGAUAUGACCAAACCCUUAAACACCUUACCCUCCACUCUAUAUUAUACCAGUAGUGACAGUUUAAUAAGUUUUCAAACUGUAACUAAAAUUGGCAUAUUUUAUUAUUUCUGAUAUUUUCUUUGUUUCUACUGUUUUCUAUUUCUUAUUGUAGACACACUAGGUGUCGUAUUUUCCUUCUAAAAUCUUGUAUUUAGUUGCAAUUGAGCUUGUAAUAUUAAUCUAAUAAAUUUCUUUUGCUUGAA